CCUGGACCCUUCCCCUCGCCAGCCUAAUUAGUGUGCAUUGGUGCAGAUUAGGGGGACGAUGGCGCCCCAAGACGCUGGGAUAAUCUGCAUUCGGAUUGAUCAGGUCUGAUUAGGUCUUGAUGGAAUCGCAAUAUCCCCCCAGCCUCACGCAACACAACACCACUACGUGCAGCUGAGCUAAUUGGUGUCUCGCAUCAGCACAUGUGUUAGUUACAUAAUCCGUCAAUGACCGUAAUACCACUGGAAGGAGAGAGAAAAUUUUAUACAACAUUCUGGCACAAGCCCUGGUCGUCCGCCACCUUGUCUUCGCGCUCGCUCGUCCUGUCUCCAAUAUAGCAUCAGGGCGCAACCUUGAGCGUCAUCAUGUGUCGGUUUCUGGUAUACCGGGGUAGCGAUGAGAUCUUACUCUCCAAGUUGAUUCUCGAUCCAACUCAUUCUAUUCUUAAGCAGUCCUUCGACUCGCGACUACGACUUGAUACGAGACGCGGCCAGAACAAUGCAGAUGGCUUCGGUAUUGGCUUUUAUACCGACCCCAAACUCGGUGCCGCACCUUGUCUAUUCACAUCCACAAUCCCCGCGUGGAACUGCACCAACCUUCAUCGUAUUGCCUCCAAGACGGCCUCUCGCCUUGUUUUUGCUCAUGUCAGAGCGACGACUGAGGGGUCCCUAACCGAAGACAACUGCCAUCCCUUCUAUCAUGGCAGCUUGAUGUGGAUGCAUAAUGGCGGCCUAGGAGGUUGGAAAUAUAUCAAGCGAAAGCUGGGCGAGCGUUUGCAUGACAAGUGGUAUUUGAAUGUACAAGGCGGGACCGAUAGCGAGUGGGCAUUCGCUCUAUUUCUUGACCGUCUCGAACGACUAGGCGUGGAUCCCAGCUCUCAACCUCAGCAGGGCUUCGGCCCUACCAUACUGCGGCGGGCUAUGCUGCAGACGAUCGAGAUUAUCAACGACUUGACUAUGAGUAUAUCCGAGAGCACAGUUCAGAGAGAAGACGUCGAUACCCGGAGUUUGCUCAAUUUCGCCGUCACAGAUGGCCACUCUAUCAUAUGCACUAGAUACGUGAGCAGCAAAACAGAUGAAGCGGCUAGUUUGUACUUUUCUUCUGGGACUCAAUGGGAAAGUAAACCAUCCGCUGGCAAGGACCGGGAUUAUCAAAUGGAGCGUCGCGAUAAAGGGGCAGACAUAGUCUUAGUCGCUAGUGAGCCAUUGACUUUUGAGCGAGAGAACUGGGUAAAUGUCCCUACAAACUCUAUCCUUACUAUCCAUGGUCAAACCGUCAUGGUCAAUCCCAUAAUCGACGCUUAUUCGGACCGAGAUCCGUGCCAUAAGCGUUCCUCAGCGUUUGCGCAGACUAAGGGACUAACAACCAACGAAAAAACUACACCACAAGUCAAUAGUCCGAUACCCACACCCGGCCCUGGCCUUGAUGCGCAUAGACGCAUUAUAUCACCCAUGAUCCCUACUGGCCUAGGACGUAGCAGAACACCAGAGCCUCCAAAGGCUCCACUAACGCUGCCCGAAACUCAAUCAUCAGAUGUCCGCUCUGCGGUUGAUGCACCGGCACCGCGUCCUGACUUGACGUCGAAACUUCCUUCACAAGGUAAUAUCAAGAAAAAGAGGCGAUCUCUCAAUAUUGGGGAGUAUCCACAUCCAGCUGAGUUUACAGAGCCAGAGGUAGAGACGCCGCCUAGCCCGGUGCAAAGCACCUCACGUGGGGGUGAUUAUGUUACGGCUGAAAAAGCAGCCCGUGUGCUAGGUAUGGCACUGUGAUUGUUUUUUUCCCUUCGUUUUCGAAACGAGUGCCUAGAUCGUGUGCUGUUCACGAUGUGCAAAGGCUAGACUUUUAUGAACAUGGUUUCGGGCGUUGAGCAGAAGCUAGGCGACUAGACAUAAUGCAAACCAGCAUGGCGUUCGGACUACUAUAAGUUGUAUAUUGCAAACGGCAGAGAUGGACGAUGGAUCUUAGCGUGCUGUCAGGUUCCCUUGCUGGAGGUCUGCAUUCUUUCAGGUUAACAGAUGGAUAUUAGAUCGUUAUAGAACCCAAAACAAAUGAUUGCUCGCUGAACCUAUAUUAUCCUCUAUGUCACAUUUACAGGUUCUUGUAAUAUCUACAUGCUAUGUUACGUUGGGUGUGUGCUUGGCGCGGAAAUCAUGAUAUUGGUAGUAGGUAGGUACUAUGGUGCUUUCAACGAUAUUGCAUAUAUGAAUAUACAUUAACUCUAACCCGUUUGCGCCACUUAGCUCUUUCGC